AUGAAUCGGGAACAGCGGGAGAGGUUCAGGGACACGCACUUAAGGUUCCAGUACGACCUCUUGCACUACUUACCCCGGAGCAGCUCCACGGCACCGCUCGCUGGACUCUACUUGAAGAAAUUUUACAAUGCAACGAAGAGGUACCAAUUGCAAUUGCCUGCGCAGAUCGUGCAGGCGGACGCGAAAUUCUGCGGUCAAUGCGGAAUCGUACGAGUAGCACACCAUAAUCUGCUUGUGUCUAAGCAACAGGGCAGCUCUGGACAACCCUCCAAUAGACUUCUAUACACUUGUAGACAGUGUGGAAGAGAGGCUUCGUUCAAUCUCGGAGAGGACCCGCCCCUCGAAUCCCCAAAAACCGCUGAAAGUGAUAGCACAAAAGUCUCUGCUCAGGCAGGGAAAGUUCAGAAGUCGGCAGGGAGCAGUGCGAAGGAAAGAGCGAAGAAGAGGAAACAAAACUCUCUCUCUAAUUUACUGUCAAGGAAGAACGCGGAGCAAAAGAAUAGAACCAGCGGCAGUGGCUCGUCGAAUAUCUUGUCCCUAGAGGACUUCAUGCAGCAAUAA